AUGUCCGAGAAGUUCGUACUAUAUGAAGAUGGCAUACUGUUCUACGAAGGAGCAAACCGCCACGAAGGUGGUCAGAAAACAAACAAUACGACACUACGACUAGUCGUCCCAACGACGAUGAUUCAGGAAGUAAUUUGUCAUGAUUCCCUGGAAGGAGGCCACCAAGGCAUCGUGCGGACUUACGACAAAACUAGAAGGGAUUACUACUGGAUAGGGCUGUAUGCCGACGUAGAGCGACAUGUGCGGUCCGGCCCGGAUUGUAGUUCCAGCAAGAGUCGCCCACAACAUCAAGGGUACUCGCCGGACAAUGUGUUAGCAGAGAGACCAUUCCAAAUUGUCUCCAUGGAUUUCGUUAUACCGUUACCGAAGUCUCGACGCGGGAACACCGCCCUGUUGCUCUUCCAAUGCGCUAUCACUGGUUUCGUCAUGGGGAAAGCGAUGGCAGACACGACAGCGCUCCGUGUUGCACAGAGUGUGUCUACCGAAUGUUCGGUGCACCGUCGUUGGUCAGACAUGAUCGAGACCCCGUUUCAUGAGCGAAGUGUUUCAAGCGUUCGCGGAGAUGAUACAUUCGAGGUCAAGAACUACACUAAGUUACGGAUCACAAGCUAA